GGAGCGAGACGUCGUCCUCUUCGCUUCAGCUCUUCUUCUCCCCCACCACGAGGGAGGAGAAGAUCCUGUCGGGAUCGGAAUCCCCCCCUCCUCCUCCGCUCCUCGCCCUCUCCGUCGAGGAGGAGGCGGUGGUGGUGGUGGUGGCGCGGCCGCUCCAACAAUCGCGAGGUGAGGAGUACCAUUUGUUCUUCUUAGUUAAUAGUGUUCACAUAAAUAAAGUGAAUAAAUGGGAGUCCGUGAAGAUUCAAGACCUUUGGGAGGUCUAGAUGGACUCUACGGGGUACAACUUGCAGGCCGGUCAAUGUACAGUGAUGAUGAAGCCGUCAAAACUAGCAUUAUAGAUCCUUUGGCUCGUGAACCGCAGGAGGGUGUUGGCACAAGCCGAAGAUUGCUAAUCCGGCGGCUCUGGCAGCAGAGACCCCCAUGUCUGAGGCCUAUCCACUGUAGUCUCUCAUGCGAUAAACAUCCGGGCGAAACUAUUGCUAAUGUUGUCACCUCUAUUCCUUUCAUUGUUCUUGGGCUGCAGACACCAAGAAAGAACUUGAACACUGCACUUUACGCGAACUCACUAAUUGGAGUUGGAAUAGCUUCUAGUUUGUAUCAUACGUCAAGAGGACGAAUCAGAAAAUAUAUGCGAUGGGCAGACUAUACAAUGAUUGCCACUACAACACUUUGUUUAAGCAGAGCACUCCGAAAUGAGCAUCCAAAAUUACUGAUGGCAGCAUCCACAUUGCUCCUACCUUUCCAGCCAUUGGUGGUUUCAGCCGUCCACACUGGGAUAAUGGAGGUUUCAUUCGCGAAGCGAGCAUCCAUGGAACCAGAGCUCAGGAUGGCCCAUAACCUACACAAGAUGUCCUCCCUACUGGGAGGCGCGCUGUUCAUCGCCGACGACGCCUUCCCGGAGACCCCCUAUCUCCAUGCGGCAUGGCAUCUAGCUGCAGCAUUGGGGGUGGGCACAUGCAACAAGCUUCUUGAAUGAUCACGUCCUUCCUGCCUAUCUAGGCUAUAGCUAGUUUUCAACAACCAGUUGAUAUGAAUAUGAUAGCAUUAUAGCAAUACAUCAACCUGCCGACACUGAUCGCGUCACAUUGUGUAGGUUCACAUUGAACCGGAGAAAUAUUGGCACAGUAGGGUAGACUGGUAGUGCAUUCAUAGCCAGGUGUAUAUGGUACCAUCUUGUGCCUGUAUUACUGUAUAUUGUAGUCGUAUGUUGUAUUGUUGUUCCGUGAAUAAUGUACCCUAGUAUGUAAACUUUGGUCUCAAAGAAAUAUAUAUAUCGUAGCUAAACAUGCAUGUUCACAUAAACUGAAUGUAAUAUUUUGGCAGUUAAAUAGUUCACACUAAACGGAAA